AUCCCUAGCCCACGCCACGACGCCAUUUGUUCCUCGUCAGGAACCCUAGCCGCGCCAGCCCGCCGCCGCCCAGCCGGCAGCCCUCCGCGGCCCUCCCCUCCUCCGUCCGUCCCGCCGUCGCCUUCCUCUCCUCCUUUCCGUUGACCUCUUCCCCGCCGUUGGCCUGCUUGCCGGGCUGCAGCUCCAUCGGGCGCUCGGGCCGUAGUCUUUGCGGAGGAAACCAGCCGAGCAGUAGUCCAGUCCACACACACCCCAGGCCCGCUUCUGGCCCAUAUGCCGGCGACAACCAACCGGACCAGAGCUCCUCGACACACACAGCGCCUCCCAAGCCCUAACGGCAACACCAACACCGGCCACGCGGCGGCCGGCUCACCGUAGCCGUCCCCUCGCGCUCGCCUUCGCCAGCGCGGCAGCGCCGUCCGUCGGUGUCGCACCCGCCACCACCUCUUCCCCCUCUUCCUUCCGCCGCCGCAACCGCGCCGCUGCCGCAGCCACUCGCCGCCGACUCCAAACCGCGCCGCCUGGCCGCCUCCUGCUGUUCCGCGCUCGUCCCUUGCCGUGCAUAUGGACGAAGAGCGCGUGGAACGGGAAGGCCGCCGCCUCAAGAAGAAGGCGAAGCAUCGUGAUGAAGAGGGGAAGGCGAAGGAUAAAUUGAAGCGUCGCACAGAUGAAAAGGCAACUGAGGCUGAUUCGGUCGCAGAAAAAGGUAAGCAGGAGGCUGUGGUAGGCGUUGCGGAGGAGAAAGAAGGCCACAAGCGCAAGAAAGGGAAGGGCCGCAGUGAGGAGACGAAGAGCAAGGAGAAUGUUCCAGUCGUUUCAGGUAGCAUAGAGAACGGUGUUGGUGAGGAGCAGGCCAAGAAGUCGGGCUCGAUGGCGCUGAAGCCUUGUUCGGAGGGUGCCAUGAACAAAGACAAUGUGAAGAAAGACAAGAAGAGAAGGAAGGAGGAGAAGAAGAAAGAGAAAGAAGCUGACAUGACCGAGCAGAAGCAGAGUUUUGAUACUACUGUUGGUAAGGAGCAAGCUGAAACUUCUGGCUUGAUGGCGGUAAUGCCCUGUUUGGAGCGUGCCCAGGGUGAUAUGAGCAAAGACAAGGUGAAGAAAGUCAAGAAGAAAAAGAAGGAAGAGAAAGAAGCUGAGAAGACUGGGCAGCAGAAGCAGACAUUUGAUACUACUGUUGAAAAUUCAGGGGCAGAGUAUGCAGAGGGAGACAAGGUUGAGGGAAAACAGUCUAGCAAGGCAAAGAAGAGCAAACGCAAGAAUGAUGAUGGUGCACCUGCUGCUGAUCAAACCGUGACAAGAGAAUAUAAGAAGAAAAAGAAGGAGCAUUCAGUUGUGCUGGAAGAGAGCAGCCAAACCGAAAAUACCAAUGAAGGUGAGAAUAGAGAGAUUAAGAAGGGAGGAAAGGAAAGGAGUAAAGCGAGUCCAGACUUUAGUGAGAACGCAUCUGCUGGGGGAGAGGAAGCUGGUGUAGAUGGUAAUGAUGAUAAGAAGAAAAAGAAGAGCAAGGGGAUUGGAGGAGGGAAAAAAGAGAAAGAAAAGGCAGUUCGGUCAACAAAGGGUAAGCGGGUGAGUUUUGCUGGUUCCGCGGAGAUGUUUAGAACCGAAGGUGGUGAUGGUGAGGGGAUUGGAGGAGGAAAAAAGAAAGAAAAGACAGCUCUGUCAAAGAAGAAAGGUAAGCGGGUGAGCUUUGCUGAUUCUGCGGAGGUGUUUAGCAUUGAAGGUGGUGAUAAUGAAGAGGAUGGCAUCAGAGAUGAAUCGAAAAGUGUGCAUGGUCGGUUUACACCAGAGGAAGACGCCACCCUCAUGGAAGCUAUGAGGGGUUAUGCAGAGAUGAAGCAACUGGGAGAGAAAGGUUUAGAGAUGAUUGGGUCUUGUCGUAAAUACCCAGAGCUAAAGGGUUGUUGGGAUGAUAUAGCGAAAUCGUUACCCCAUAGACCUUACUUGGCCAUAUACAGGCGAGCACAUACGUUACUCCAUCGGAGCACUGGAUGUAAAUGGACAGAUGAAGAAAAAGAGCAGAUUCGGCGGUUUGUCGAGAAAAAUGGCACGGAUUGGAAAACACUGGCACAGGAACUUGGAAAGAGUGAGAUCCAUGUAAAACAUGCUUGGAGAAGAAUAAAACCUAAGAAGAAAAAAGGUGCUGAUGAUGAAGAGGAUGCCAGCGGUGGUGAAUCUGAACUUGUACAUGGACAUCGGUUUACCACAGAGGAAGAUGCCAUCCUCAUGGAAGCUAUGAGGGAUUACGCAGAGCUGAAACAACUGGGAGAGAAAGGCUUAGAGAUGAUUGGGUCUUGUAGUAAAUACCCAGAGCUCAAGGGUUGUUGGGAUGAUAUAGCGAAAUCGUUACCCCAUAGACCUCACGAGGCCAUAUACCAUCGAGCGCGUAUAUUACUCUAUAGGAGUGCUGAACGUAAAUGGACAGAUGACGAAAAAGAGCAGAUUCGGCGGUUUGUCGAAAACAAUGGAGCGGAUUGGAAGACAUUGGCACGGGAACUUGGAAAGAGUGAGAUCCACGUAAAAGAUACUUGGAGAAGAAUAAAACCUAAGAACUUGAAAAAAGGACGUUGGACUCAGGAUGAACAGCAAAACUUGUUUGAUUUGGUGAACCUUGACUUGCGUCUGAAAGCCCAUCAAAUAAAAAAUCCUGAUCAUCGGCUGCUAAGAGAUAACAUUUCCUGGGAGGCCAUCAGUGAUAAAUUGACCACCCGUAAUCACAAGAAUUGUUGCCUCAAGUGGUACGAAACAUUAGCAUCUCCGAUGGUCAAGGAAGGAGUCUGGGCUGAUGUUGAUGAUUAUCUACUGGUGGAAGCGCUUCAAAAGGUUGAUGCUGUCUGUAUUGAAGAUGUUGACUGGGACAGCCUACUUGAUCACAGGUCUGGGGAGGUUUGUCGUCAAAGAUGGAACCAGAUGGUCCGUGCCAUUGGUGGCCACAGGGAGAAGCCUUUCAUCGAACAAGUGGAAGUGCUGUCGAGGCGCUACUGCCCAGAAAUGAUUGAAUACAGGAAGUGAGGAAUAAGUGUAGGAAUUAUCACCCGUCAAACUUGUAAGCCCAGACAAAACAGCAAGCAUGAUGUGUCAAAUCUUGCUCGUCAGUCGUCACUUCCAUGGUAUGUGGAGUAGCCCGUAGGAUGCCAGGCUUGCGGGAUUUAUGGGGUGUAGAAAUGUCUCAACGGUACAUGGUUCACCACUGAGCAAGCUAAGUUAUGAUUUUGUUUUCCUUCUAUUGUCCUCACGAACAUCUUUACUCAAACAUGCUUCAGGGUUACCUUUUUCAUUUACUUGGAAUGCUGAGUUAUUAUGACUAAAAUCUGAAAUGUGUUUGACCCAAA